AUGGUUAAGCGAUACGCAUAUGUGUCGGUACGGAACAACACUUCAAGUCCCGUUCACAAUGUGAGCGUGAUACACAAGUAUAGCGAUGUUUACCGCAGCAAGGAGAUCUGGCCUACUAUUCAGUCAGAAGAGCUCGCCGAGGACAAGAUGCUGGUGAACUACAACACUGGCUUUCUUACUACAGGUCACGACUGGUGGCUCAUUAUGUGGGUCAACAACGAGGGCAACACUCUCUAUUAUUCUCAUCCACACAAUUUCCGUGAUAUCCUCGACAAGAUCGAACGACUCGGGAACGGGAUUUUGAAGUCGCUGUCUAAGCUAGAGGGCGGAGAGAGUGGCCAAGCUAUGCGAGAGGCUGCGCAAUUAAUCCUCAACCAAGAAGGCACGGCGGGCUUCAAACAACAUAUGUUGGAGUCCGACGACAACGACAAGCUUACUGAAAUCGUCAUAAAUUCGGACUACACCAUUACCUUCAAGUCACACUCGGGCACAUCCAACACCGUUACUGCAACAAAGGAGCUGUAA